UACAGCAGUAUAUAUGUGAAUAUAUAAAGAUUUUAAAAUAAUUAGUGAAUGUAAAAUAAAAUCCCACCAGAAUGGACAAACUAGGAUUGGGUUGUCCCUUUUCGUUUCUGGGCGGAAAGCCGAAGGAACUGACUGGGGGCGGGGGACCCGGCUUCCUGGAUCUUAACUAUGAUUGCUACCUGGAGAUAUUUUCCUAUCUCAAUGCGCUGGAGGAUCAACUAAAUCUGGGCCGCGCCCAUCAUCUGUUCCGGGAUGUUUUAUCGGACUUGUUGCGAACUCGCUACGGAAAAAUCAAUGUACGGAUUUUAAAAACCAUUCCGGACUGGGAGUUCCUGUUGCAGCUUUGUGGUUCGGAAGUGACCAGAUGUGAGGUGCCACACGGUCGCUGGGACGAGCCCUUCACAUACCCGUUCCUAAAACUUCUUGGGCGCCACUGCCCUAAUUUGCGCCAGGCAGUUAUAAUAUUCAUGCACGCCGUCACAGAAACGCCGCCGGAAUCCGGGGACAGGGGCUACAUAAUGCAAUUACUCUUGGAGCUACCUAGUCUGUCCGAUCUCACACUAAUCGAUCCCAGAUCUGCGCAAUUAGAGCAAUUGCAACAUUUCCUUAAGCUGCAGACCUUAGACUUAGACGGGAUUGAUCCAAACCUUAGUGCCCCUGCCUUCCUGCAGAUGUUUGAGAACAAGAUUAGCCUAAAAAGACUUCUACUUAACUUUGGGAGAGAUCGGAGGCGAUCGCACCUGGUGCCCGAGUUGGCAGGAAAGUUUCCGAACCUAGAGCACCUUACUCUAGAAAACUUUGAUGUUAACUUUCGGGAGUUGGGCGACUUUAAAACUCUCCACACACUGCGUUUGAUCUCUCGUUGGAUAGCUGAAGUGAACAAUGAUUUUUACAGAUCGGUAGCCAAAUGUAUUGAUGACCUUCAGAAGUUACAGCUCAUAUCAAUUCGUGUCAGAGGAGAUCAAGUGCAUCACAUUCUGACCAUUACCCGAUUAAAAGCCUUGGAUUGUGACAACUGGCCAGCGCAAUCGGUUGACCAACUGGGCCAGUUAUCAGAUCUCGAGUGCCUGGCCCUGGAUUGCAUUGACUCACCUGCAAAACCUAGUCACCAACUAGAAUCUUUAUUAGAAAACUGUUGCAAGCUGAGUCACCUAAAAUUGGGCAAACGUUGGCAGAUGCCCAUCAACGAUGUAAUUAGAUUUUUGAACAAAGUUGUGGACAUACGAUCGUAUCCAAAAAAGAAACUCCUGCUUACCUUUGACUUUGUUAGCAUAGCGGAUAUCAAGGAAAAGUUUAAAAAUCAUUUUAGGGAUUAUGAACACUUGCAAGUAGUUUUUGAUGGAGCCACCUGUCAUCAUUGCCAACCUGACACCCACUCCAAAUGUGAUACCAUAUUUGACAAGUGUUACUUUUAACUAAACACAUACCUC